GUAGAAUUUUUCGUGACAUAAGGCAACAAAUAGAACGUAAAACGUAGAUAUUGAUAAAACUAAUUUUGCCCGUUGUUGGACAAGGAGCUUAAGCCCCAAGAACAAUAGGAGUUCAACAUUACUGGCUAAUAUUAGCCUGGGCGUUUUGUUUUCCACCACGGCAGACAUAGACAAAGCAGGGGUGGGUAUUUCAUUUGCACAAUGAGUCGUGGGCACUAUUAAGAUGGCUCCGGUCUUACUGUUGAGUGAACUACAACCAACGUUCUAUUCAGUUGAAAUUUCCCAAUGGGCUUUCCUUGCCAGUGGAUUGUGUAGAAUAUAUUGCCAGGCUCUUGUCUUCUGUUCACCAUGGCUUCUUCUGAUAUCCAGGUGAAAGAAUUGGAGAAGCGUGCUUCAGGCCAGGCUUUUGAGCUGAUUCUCAGCCCUCGAUCAAAAGAAUCCGUCCCAGAAUUCCCCCUUUCCCCUCCAAAGAAGAAGGAUCUUUCCCUGGAGGAAAUUCAGAAGAAAUUAGAAGCUGCAGAAGAAAGACGCAAGUCCCAUGAAGCUGAGGUCUUGAAGCAGCUUGCUGAGAAACGAGAGCACGAGAAAGAAGUGCUUCAGAAAGCAAUCGAAGAGAACAACAACUUCAGUAAAAUGGCAGAGGAGAAGCUGACCCACAAAAUGGAAGCCAACAAGGAGAACCGCGAGGCACAGAUGGCUGCCAAACUGGAGCGUUUGCGAGAGAAGGACAAGCACAUUGAAGAAGUGCGGAAGAACAAAGAAUCCAAAGAUCCUGCUGACGAGACUGAAGCUGACUAAUUUGUUUUGAGAACUGAUUUUCUCCCCCUCCCCUUCCUAAAUAUCCAAAGACUGUACUGGCCAGUGUCAUUUUAUUUUUGCCCUCCUGACAAAUAUUCUAGAAGCUGAUGUAGGACCAUAGGUAGAUCCAAAUUGUAUGAUGUUGUUUUAGGGGUUAAAGGGGAGAAACUGAAAGUGUUUUACUCUUUUUCUAAAGUGUUGAGGUCUUUCUAAUGUAGCUAUUUUUCUUGUUGUACCUUUUCUACUUCAGUACACUUGGUGUGCUGGGUCAAUGGCUAGUACUGUUUUGGCUCUGUGAAAACAUGUUUGUGAAAAGAGUAUGUAGUGGCUUCUUUUAAAUUGUUAGAUGCUGAAUAUCUGUUCACUUUUAAAUCCCAAUUCUGUCCCGAUCUUACCAGAUGCUACUGUACUUGAAUGGUUAAUAAAACUGCACAGUGCUGUUA